AUGGGAGCAGUUCGAAAGUCUACGUAUUCUGCACGACGGCCCGAUUUUCGGAGACAACUACAACGAGCCCUGAGCCUGUCCUCUCUUGAAACAGAGGAGACUCAUAGUGCGUCAAAGUCAUCCGCUGGUGACACUACCGAGGACCAGCUAUCAAUUCACUCGGAGAACGAUGGAUCUAGCGCGCAAAGCGGCAGUGUUGGAUGUAACCACGAAGCCCAGAUUGAUCCUGCGCUGUUUUCGACUGCUCGAGAUGUGGAAAAGAUUGAAGGUCGGAGAGAUCUUCCUGAGGAUCGCGACCUGAUUGCCUUGGAAUGUGUUGCAGAGAUUGUGGAAUCCUCCAUGAAUAACCAAGAAAGCCUGAAUGAAGUGGUCCGCAGUGAUUUGGCGAACAUCCUCAGUCGAUUGGCUAUUAUGGAGGAGAAUUUCAGCAAGGCCGAUCCAGACGAGAGGCAGGCUUCUUCGGAAAAUCGUCAAACCGAGCGAAGACGGUUUUCGAGACGAUAA